AUGUUCACACAGUCUUAUGCUUUACCUUCAGCAACAUCAUCAUCAUCCAUAACAACAGCUGGUAAUCCACCGGUCAAAACAAAGCGAAAGUAUACAAAGAGACCGCAUCGAUCUGCUGUAGAACAAAAAUUAUCUCAAUGCCUAAAUACUUCUGCUAAGUCAAUAUUUUCGAACUAUCGUUUGUCUUUACCAUUACCGUCUAAGAUUGAUAGUUUUAAAAAGCCUGAUAAAUAUAAAUUUCCAGUAGAUCUAGUAAGAUCAUCAAAUUUUACAUCAUUAUCACCGGCUAAUUCAAGAAUUUUAUCGAAUUCUCCGUCAACUAUGAUUUAUAAUGAAUCGAAGUCCUUGAAUGUUCCGCAGCCUUUAUCACUGUACUCUACGACUAACGUUUUUGAACGAUAUCCAACAUUGGAACAACGUUUGCCGCAUCAGAAAUUUGGUCUUGAGAAAAAAACCACUAAUAAUUGUUUCACAAGCAAUUUAGUAUACAAUUUACCUUAUGACCUGACAGUUCCUGAACAGCAUCAUUGUAUGCUUACGCCAAAUCCGUUGUUCAUAAAUGCAUCAUCUAGGAUAAAUUCUCCUCUUUUACCAGAAUCAAAUACUUCAUUUCCAUCUGUGUCAUUUUCAACUAAUAUAGAAAAAGCGAGUAAAAAAGAAGGAGACCUACAAACGCCUCAAGUUAGUCAAAAUUCUACAGCAAACAGACUAAUGGAAGACAAAAACCUGCUACCGAUACAUUCAAUAAUGGAAACACCCAUUCUAAAAAGACAUCUAGAAAAACAAUCGAAGAUUGAUAAUCAUCAAACAAAAACUCUGAUAAGACGCAUAAAACAAAGAAACAAAUUGGCUAUUCUGAAAUUUAUGAUACGAAAACGAAAGAAACAACAACAAGUAUUGAAGAAAAGUAUUUCUGCUAUUCCAAUUGAAAAGCUUGUUGAACAAACUAUAGAUAUUAAAGCCCCAAAACCAAUACCGUUGGAGACAAUGCCACCAGAUAUUAUUGCACUUAACUUGAAAGUUACUUUUAAUACAGCUCAAAAAUUAGAAUCUAUAUCUUUGUAUUAUCAACAGCGGCAUAAACCUGAAAUCAAAAGAGAACCAAGUUUUGUAGCAGCAAAUAAUACGGUUAACAAACUAGAUUUAUUGAUUGAAGCUAUCAAUUUUAUCGAAACGUGUAAUGGAAAUUUAAAACUCACACUGGAAUCAAUUGAAUAA